AUGACCGCUCUCAACAAGAUGGAGGAGUUGGUUGGGAUGGACCGUGCUUCGUCCCCAUCACGUGCACCACAAACGCUAGCCCCUUCUGAGACUAGCGUGCAACACCAGCACACCACCGUUGUUGAUGCUGCAGAUAGCUGUGAACCUGAUCAGAGCUUCCCCGAAUUCGCCGUUGUCUCUUCGAGCGAAAGCGACGAAACCCUUCCUGCCCAGAGUGCACCCGCCACAAUCGAGGGCGACACUCCUCCCUCCCCUUCCAAGGCACCUUACACGCGUGGGCAUCGCCGUCGUUCCACGCACGUUACCCGCCGUGACCUUGAGAAGUUUCAUACGGAGGUCCUUGGCGUUGAACACCACGCCUCCUGGUUCGACGAGGAUAACGGCACUCCACGAUCCUUUACCCCCAACGACCCGGCACUUGAGGAACUGAAUCGCGCUUUCGCAAACGCCGACGUGUCCAUGAACAACGCGACCAACGGUAUGGCCAGCAACGGCACCGGCCCCGGUCCCUUUUACGACAACCCUUCCCCCCAAGUCAACAUGUCCAACAUCCCUUCUCGCCAGACACCUUCCCCUUCCCCUUCCCAGGCCUCUGGCGCGGCCCAGAUCAACGGAGGCAUCGGCGCGAUGGGCGCGGGCAUUCCGAUGAAUGCGGGCCACCAGAUGGAUUUGCAUCAUCUUUAUGAAAUGGUGGUGGAGCUGAGUGACGUGCUGAAGAAUAACCGCGACGUGACCAAGAACAUCGUUGCGAACGCGGAGGAGAUCGUGAAGAAUGGUAUCUCCGACAGCACUAGCUCCAAUGGCCAACAGAAUGGCGACAACACCAACGCCCGCAUUGCCGAGCUCGAGCGCGAGUUGGCCAAGGAAAAGCGUCUGUCCGCCCAUCACAAGCACCACCAAGAUGAGAACAUGAAGUUGAUUCACGAAUUCGAGAGCUCCGUGGGCGUCAUGGUCGAACAGAUCCGCAACUACUGCCAGAACAACAACAUGCACUACCUCACUCAAAAGGCCCACUACAACAACCUCCUGCAAGCCGAGCGCGAUGCCCAUCUUGAAAGCCGACUCGAUCGGGACUACUGGCACGCACAGUCUAUGAAGUGCGCCGAGAUGAUUCGCACCGCCUACCGCCUCAGCUGCGAGAACGAUGAUACCCCUACCCGAGUCAUCUCUGGCCUACAGAACGAGGUGCGCGCCUAUCGCUUCGCACUUGGCAUGGAGGCCGAGAAGCCCGAAGAAGAGUAUGGCUGGGAGUAUCUUAAGAACAUUCCGGGCCUGGAGUAA